AACAAGUGGUUUUUCAGGGUUGUGUUUGAGCUAUAAAAUGUUUAAAUUGUUUUUUCAUAAAGCACCAAAUUUCUGUUGGCAUUGAUCACAUUUCUGACUAAUACUGCAGUUUUCUGACAGUCGGACGGAUGGACGACAGAAACACAAACACUUCUUGUUUUUGUCCAACAGGACAGGAACGUUAUGGCAACAUGACCCGGGUGUAUUACAGAGAAGCUGUGGGAGCUCUGGUGGUCUUCGACAUGACGAGGCUGUCCACGUUCCAGGCUGUCCUCAAGUGGAAAGGAGAUCUGGAUUCAAAGGUCACCCUGAGCAAUGGAAGGCCAGUUCCAGCGGUUCUGUUGACCAACAAAUGUGACCAGCGUAGUCACGGUUUGUGUCCCAAACUUCCCAAAUUGGACAGCUUCUACCAGGAGCACGGGUUUGUUGGCUGCUUCGAAACCUCUGCCAAGGUAUGACGCAGCUUUUAUUUUCAGACAGCAAAUUGGGCAUUUGUUUGUGCUUAACCCUCCCACUGUGACCCCGUGAGGAAAGCUGACCAUUGAGCAGGGUUGAUGGUUUAUCCCUUGGGUCCAUGUGGCAGGGGUGAAGAGUGAGCACCACCUCACCCCUGCCACGUGGACCUCAAGGGAUAAACCACCAAUCCUGCUCAAUGGUCAACUUUCCUCGCGGGGUCACCCAUAAAGACAGUGGGAGGGUUAAAAGUGUUCAACUUAAUGAUCAGGUUUGAUUCAAAUCAGGGGAAAAAAGAACCAACCCUCAAAAAACUAAAACGUGUCGGCGAACCUCUCCAGUACGUGCAGUAGCGAAUAUCUGCAUCCAUCUAUAAAACACACAGAAGGCUCUGUGAUGAUUCAGGCAUCCCAUCUAAAAGG